GUUUCUUUCUGGAAGAAGGAAACAAUAUGGCGGAACGUAGCGAAAAAGGAAGUUUCCGUCAGCUUUCUGAGUCCUCUGCAGGCUAGGCUGCCGAGCGGGGAGCCUCAUGGUUACGGAAAUAUAAACGGUAGAACUCUACACUUAUGAGAAAAAAGACUUGAUUAUGUUUUGUUGGGGCAAAAUCGCUGAAGGACAGCCUGGAUUAGGGGAAACGGAAGACGAGCCAGUCUUGACACCGCGAAAUGUCGAUGUCAGUUUUGGCUCGCUAUCAGAGGUUAAAGACAUUGCGUGUGGCUGGGAGCACACAGCUGUUUUAAAAAACGACGGUGUUGUUUACACCUGUGGUAACAGAGAAAAUGGACAACUUGGACAUCACAGAGAAGGAAAUAAAUUAGGUCAGUAUACAAUGUAAUUUCUAGAAGUACGUUGUUUACAGUGUAGGGGACGUUUCAGUGUUUAAUUAGAAUAUUUACAGCGCAGUGAGAAAUUUUGAUUUUUUGAAGUAUUGCGAAAUUAGCUUAAGUGAUAAUUUGAACAGCAAAUAACUAGAAAUUAGUGUGCACUGUUACCCAACAGAAAAACGGACAAUUAUUGUUUUAAUACAUUGAUCAAAUAUUUUUACACAUAGGUACUUGCAGAAAUUGGUUAUGACGAUAAGAAUGGUCAGUAAAUUUUUACUAAACGUUCGUGCACGAUAUUAAACGCCUAACCCGUCAGUUCGACCAGUCCCAACAGUGAUGAGUAUCAGUUUUCUUCAUAGAAUUCAAAACAUAUAUAGUCAAGAGAAAAUAUUAUAUUCGAGAAUUGGCAAAAGGUCAACAGGGGAAAAUGUUUUGAUCUUUUAUCAAAUUCUCUUAAUUAAUCCAUUAAGAGAAAAAUGUAUGGAGAUCAUUUUGGAGAAUAUGUGUGUGGAUUUCAGGUCCUGAGGGAAACAUUUAGUUUUGUUUCCUGAGAAUUACAAUGUUAAAAACAUUAUUUCUAGGGAAACAAACUUAACUAGUUUGUAGCCAGGGACCAGUAAUUAAAUGAUUUGUUUUGUAAGUUGUAAAUGCUUGAAUAGGCAGUCUAGCCAAAACUUAAAUGCAAGUCCUCCUAUAAUCUCCGAUCCAUCUUGGGUAUUUUAUUACAGCCAACCAAAGGUAAGAUGCUAGAAAAACUGGGCAAGCCUGCAUUUCAGGCGGCAGCGCCACGUUUAUGGAAUGAGCUGCCUUUACAACUUAUAAAAAAAAAUUCUCUGGAAAUCUUAAGAACUUAACCAGGACAUUCCUUUUUAGACAGAUUUUUCGAGAAGUGAAUUAUCAUUAUGUGAUUUUAAUACUAGUUAUGAGUUAUUAUAUUAUUAGGCAUGUGUUUAUUUUUUAUGAUCAGCUUUACGGUUGACUAUUUUCAUAUUUCAUAGAUAUUUGAACAAUAAUAUUAAUUAGUAUUACUGAUCUGUAUAUGUAAAUAGCACUAUAGCAUUCUCUUGUGAUUUUUUCACACUUGUUUAUUGAACACAAAUUUAUUGUUUGAUUUGUUCUACAGCUCGGGUUGAUUCCCUUGAGACUUGGACCAUUAAACAAGUAGCCUGUGGACAGAUGCACACUUUAGCUGUCACUAACAAAGGACUUGUCUUUGCUUGGGGUGACAACACCAAAGGACAGCUUGGUCUUGGAAGUUCAGAUACCACCUCUCAUAAACAUCCAAGGUGCAUUGUGAAUCAUUUUUUUUGUUCAUGCAUUUGCUUGUAGUUUUUCAGGCCCCCUUGCUUCCUUUUGAACCUUAGCAAAGCAAUUAAAAUAUUUGGAGGGGGUGGGGGGUGUGUGGAGUUGGGUUUGCGAGGUAUGUUGUGGAACUCAUGGUAUACUUUUGAAAGAAUCUCCCCUGCCCUGCCCUGACCUGCCCGACAGUUACAUUUUUGUUAACAAUUUAAACUGUCAAAUUGAAAUCAUAAUAAUCUCAUUGUUCACUCACCUGAGAAAGAGAUAUCACUUUUGACUUUACUUAUGUUCAAUAUAUAUUUAAUGCACAGGGUGUAUUAUUUUAUAAUUAUAAUAUUGCAUCACUCAAGAUAUGUCAAUAUACAGUGCUGGCCAACAGUAUUUUGUUUCUUGGUUUUAAACUCACAAACUUUAAACCUAGGGCUGAAUACAUGUAAUUCCAUUCUAGCUUUAGAGACCUCUCACCCACAGAAUUUCCAACAACUGAGUUGGGAGUAUUGAUAAUUGCUUGAGAGAGGUGACAGGGUUUUUCUUAAUCUGGUCAUUGUUAAAAUUAACAAUUUAAAUAAAUAUAGCUGAAAAGCAUCACUUGUAUCAACAGCGUUCAUUGCUGUUUUUUAUUGUCUAGAAUUGUCAAGCAUCUCCAGACAAAUAGUUUAAUGGUGACACAGGUGGCCUGCGGAGCAAGACAUUCCCUAGCGCUCACAACAGGUUAUACAUGUAGUCCUUAUUCCUGUACAAAAAUUGUAUCUUCCUUUGUAACUGCCAAGGACACUGGGAGUGAGAAACUCUCAGAGCCAUUUUAACCUUUUGUCGUUGUCCUCGACUCAUAUACAUAAGACAAAACACCUAGUACAUUGUACUGUUAUCAUCGGUGUCCAUCACAGAGAGAGUAUGAAAUUUAUGCAGCAUGAAUAAUGCUACUCGUGCAUGUAUAGCCCUUGAAGACGUCCAUGUAAACAUUGGUUACAACAUAAUUUUCUACAAACAUGUACAGGUGUAGCUUGUGUGCAUUAUUUAUAUAUUAUUGUCCAUAUUAAGCCUUAUUAUGUGUGUAGUUUAUUCAUGGUAUUGUUACAUCUUUUAGGUGGAUAUUUGUUUGCUUGGGGUGACAAUAGAAAUGGCCAGCUUGGUAUUGGCAAUUCAAGUCUCGUACAUAACCUCCCAGAACAUGUUUCUUCUUUGGUUGGUGUGCCGUUUGCCUUGUUAUGUGCUGGUGGCUAUCACAGCUUUGCAUUGUCUCUUUCUGGAGCUCUCUUCAGCUGGGGAAGAAACAAGUAUGUUUGCUUGGCUGACUCUACCUUUGUACUUAUGGUACUUUGGCCUGGUAAUGCAGUCCAAGUCUUCACUCAAAAUUCAUUUGUCAUUGUGAAAGAGUCAUUUUAGAAUGCUAUACACUGCAUGCCAUAAUGGAAAAAAAGCAUUAUUAUGAGUUAAACAGUAAAAAAUUUAAAAUGUUUAUUUCAUUAAUUAAAUUAAUAUGUAUUUAUUCAUAUUCACUGAUUAUCUAUUUUUUCAGCUUUGGUCAACUUGGUGUAAAUGAUGAUAAAGGUAAGAUUUAUAUAAUGUCAAAUUAUUACUUUGAUCCACCUAAUGCAAAAUAUACAAGGGUAUCAUAAUGAAUAUACCAUACUUAUAACUGUUAUUAUACAUAAACAAAGCUUAAUUCAGAACUAAAAUAAAAUAUUAUUCUAAAGUAAAGCUCAUCAUUUUGGCAUCAUCUUGCCGUGUGUUCCUUUCAGAUCGUUUCAUGCCAGUGCUUGUUAAGUCUUUACGAUCCCAACGAGUAAGACAUGUAGCUGCAGGGGAGUAUCAUACUGCAGUUCUAACGGAGGUCAGUACACAAAAAGAAGCUUGUUCCUUACAGCAUUGAUCACAGUUUUCUCACCUUAUGUUGGCUUUCCAAAAGUAAAUGUUCAAUUUUUGUGGAGAGUACCUUGGUUUAAUCAUAGUCUCUCCAAAUGGAGUUCGUUGGAGAAACUAUGGUUUAAUUGAUUAAACUGAAUUGACGCUUUCACUCGUAAUAGAACUGUUAAAGUUAAAAUUCACCAAAAAAUCCAAAUAUCUUUUUGUGAAAUUCUACCAAGUAAUUUAGUGUCAAACUCAGAAAACAGUGAAAACCUGAAGAAUUUCAGGAAUGUUGAUUAUGUCAUGUCCAAUCACAGCAAAGUUCAUCACACACAAGUAAACCUCAAAACCGCAAACUAAUUAUUACUGUUACUUUGUUGCAGUUUAGUUUUCUCAUGCCUUAUUGAGUUUUCCCUCGCAACACAACAUUCCAUAAAUAUUUCUGGUUUUCAUGGUUUUGUGAGUGUCACAGAUUUAGUACUGUGUUAAAGUUUUACCAAAGAGGAUUUUGUUUGAGGAGACACCGUAACUUUCUGUCUACAGAUUCCAAGGUUAGAGUGACAAAUCAAGGCAUCAAAAUGUCAAGUUUCUUUGAUUGAUUUUUGUUUAAAAAGUACUUCCAAAUCAAUUCUUAUAAAGCCAUUGCCAGCACAAACUUGAAGGUCAUGAAAAUGACUCAGGAAUUCAUCAGGUUGCUAAGGAAAUCUUGAUUAAAUUAUGAAUAACUUUUUCUUGACUGAGUUUUGAACAAAUUCUCCUCAUCAGUACCAUAAUAAGGAAUGUUAGGGAGAACAGUGUGGGAGUUUUAUAUGGACGAUUACAGUGCGGUUAUAUCUUUAUUAAAAAUGAAUUCAUUAUAUGUACUUAAUUUUAUAGGAUGGAGGUGUAUUCACGUGUGGGUGUGGCAGCUAUGGCCAACUUGGACAUAACUCUAACAAUCAUGAGUAUAACCCUAGAAAGGUGAUGAUCAUCAGUACUGUAUUGAGUAUCAGUUCAUUGUAGAUUAACUCUCUAAGUCCCAAUAGUGACCAACAUCAAUUUUCUCCGAACAAUAUCCAUACAAUUUCAAGAGAUUAGGUUAUUAGAAUUAAUAAAAUGAUCACCUGAGAGAAAACACUUUGAUCUUUUAUCAAAUUCUCUCAACUCAUUCUUUAAGAAAAUGUAUAGAGAACAGUUUGGAGAAUUUGUACAUGUAUAUUGGGGCUUAAAGGGUUAAAAUAAAAGUCCCUCAACUGUAGAUGCCCCUCUUGGAAAAUUAACAGUUCCUGCUGUUUUCCUUACAAAAGUAUUUGGAGUAAGGUCCGCCUUGCUAGCCAGUAAGAGAAAAAAGGAAAAGUGAAGAGAAUGUUAAACAAACAAACAAACAAAAAAUAAAUACACACACACAGGCAGAUGGGCCCACAUCUGACUGAAGCCUUAUGUUAUCUGGACACAUGAUAUUAUUACUGUUCCUGUCCUUUAUAGGUAUUUGAGCUGAUGGGAAAAGCUGUGACCCAAAUUGCUUGUGGAAGGUAUAUUUGCACUGUGCUUGAUCAAUUCACCUUGCAUUUUGUCUUAAACUUGAUGGAUGAAAUGUACAUGAUUUUACAUGUAUAUGUACAUAGUAGAAAACUUGCUAGUUUUGUAUUUUACAUAUAAAAAACGAUUGGUUCAGUAGUACAGCUGUAACUUGUGUAAAGCACUAAUACAAAAUUUUCUUUUCGCUUUUUGUUGUUGAAGGUUGCAUACACUGGCUUAUGUUGCUUCAUCAGGAAAACUGUACUCUUUUGGUGCAGGAGAGAAUGGACAACUGGGAAACAACAGAUUGUCGAGUGUCAAUAGUCCUGUUCUUGUUCAUAGCAGCUGGCAUGUUGACACUACUGAUGGAAGUAAAUCAACACAACAGUCUGUGAUACACAGAAUUGCUGCAGGGGGAGACUUCUGUUAUUUACUUGCACCAAGAAAUGUUAGUAAUUUAUUAUUACUGAUUUGUAAAGAUAGAAUUAAAGAAGAUAUAUAAAGCCGAGCCUAAAAAAUAUUUUUUACUGUGAAUUACUCAGAAAACUGUGAAAACCAGAAAUAUUUCCUUACAAAAAAAAAAGGUUUAAAAGGUUGAUGGUUUGUUUAAAGUGGAAAGUGAACUUAGCUUAUCCAGGUAGUUUAUGGUCAGUCCAUUCAAGUAAUCAUAAACAAUAACACUAAACACUUAAUGACUGGUUCCAAGGGAAACAGUUAAUUUUUUUUCCCAUGAAUCUCAAUUUUUCCCGAGGUGGAGCUGAGGGGCUAGUCUUAAGUGAGUUGUUAUAUAGCUGGAAAUUUUGAAGCUGGAAAUUCACUCAACCUCUCAGUGGUCGUCAGUCAACAUUUGCAGGGAACAGUGCACUGUUACCCUCUGACGUCAUUGAUUUUGCAAUGUUGCCUGCUAAGAGAUUAUGGCGGGAAAGAGUUUCAGUGUUAGAUUUCAUGUGACCUCAUAGUAACCAAUGAGAGUGUGCACUGUUGGGAAAAAAUUUCUAGCCAUAUAACAAAUAAUCAUAUAUAACAUAUAUAACAGUAUUAAAAACUCCAACUGGUAGGAGGCAACCAGUUGGCAAUUUACAAGUAUGCUGCUGAGGAUUUGAACUCUGCCUGACCGAGAAUGCUGAAUGCAGUUAGAGGUCAGAGUUGGACUCAAACUGGACCUGGGAUCAUGGGAUUGCGAGUCCAACAUGCUUGCCACUCAGCCACGCUGCCUCCCUCUGUGAUAAAACUGGACCUAAGGAUGGUUUUUUUUACUGUGAAUUACUCAGAAACCUGUGCAGACUAGAAAUGUUUCUGUAAUGUUAUUGUGUGCCACGCAGGCCAGCAUGAGAACACUGCCAAACUCCAAGCUGACCAGAACUUUGCCUGUAAAAUUGUUGGCGGGGCCCAGAGAUACGACCAUGUAACUCCCAUUCUCAGGCAACUCAUUGGCUCCCAGUAAACAACACCUGUACUAUCGCGAUUUAUUUAUGGCAUUUAAAUGAGUGAACUACUUUGUACCAGAGUGUCUACACUGUAUCUGAUCAGUUUUUUAAGCGCUCAUCUACAUCAACCCUCAGAACUAGAAACUCACAGUUGUUAAAUAUUCCUUUAUUUAGAUCUGCACCUGGCCAAAUAACUUUUUCUUAUAGAAUAGUUUCUCUCUGUAACGUUCUGCCGCAAAAUAUCUAGUUAAGUCAAUCGUUAACGCAAUUUAAGAAUAUGAUGAGAAAAAGACUUCUAACGGGCUCUAAUAGAACACAGCCAGGACAAGAACCCAAUAAUAAAUAGUUUAAUCAUUAGGUACUUAAUUAAUCUAACUUCUUGUAUUUUAAUUUUUAGACACGUAGAACUUCUUGUGUUUUGUUUUAUUUCAUGCCAUUCGAUUUUGUCAAAUAUUUCACUGAAAAACCCUGUGGGGACGUGAAAGAAAUGUCUGUAUAUACGUAUGUAACACUUACCUGAACGUAUUUUGGAUUCUUAAACAGGGCAGCAACUGUGUAUCAUGUGAUUUUCGAGAGCCAGACACUUCUAAGCACCUCUGGACUUUGUCUGAACCUGACUGCAGGAAAAUGGUUGACCUCUUUUCUGUGGGAAAUCCAUCUGCAGAAGCAUUGCAGUAAGUUUGUUUUUCAAAUUUAUGGCUAUGACAGUUAAAUUUCCACAUACCAAUACUAUUCACGGGCACCUUAGGACAGUUUACUCCUAAAUACAUUGAAAACACUUUUUAGGUUAACCAGAGAACCUUUAGACCACUAGAAAUACAUUCUAAGCGGCGCUAUAAAAUUAAUUUUUGUUCGGUUAUCCUAGGGGAACUUGAGUUUUUUUUCGAAAUUACAAGGGCUUCAGCCCUAUUUUCCUAAAAAUUGUAGGUGCAAUUUAAUGUUUUACGAAAUUGAGGAUUUUUUUAUUCCUCUCUCCAUUACAUUUUCUCUCUUCACAGAAAGUUGGAGACAGUUUUUUCAUCCAACGCUUGCAUGUGUGGCUCGUUUCUGGACGGGUAAUUAACUCUUAAUGUAGUCUAAGCUUAACCUGUGAACUUAGUUGUAUGUACGAAUUGUUUAGUCACUUUUUAGGCUCAAUAGGCCAUUUGCACGGUGACGUCAUUUUACUACUACGACCAGAAUCCUUCAGAGUUUUACUUUCUAGUGCAAAUUAGGGAUUUCGUUAUUUUGAAAUCUCGCUGGGAUUUCCAAAUUUAAAUAUGAAAGAAAAAGCGAAAAGUAUUCUGGUCGUAGUAGUAAAAUGGCGCCAUCGUGUAAAUGGCCUAUUUUCGCCUCUCUCUCGGGUCUGGGGCCCGUUUCUCGAAAGUCCCGGUAACUUUUCGGGCCCGAAAGAAAUCAAAUAUUCAAAUCGAAAUAUAAAGAAUAAGAGCGCGGGUCCUGGCCAGGAGACUAAUCCAUUUUGUUUCACUAACUGAUGGUUUUAUCAUGCUAGAUGCAAAACUAUUGAAACCUCAAUCUUUAAUGUAAACGGAGACAGCUUACCGGGCCCGUUAAUUAUCGGGACUUUCAGGUCCUGUUGAAACCUGCACAGGCUUUGUGUUUUAAAAAUCCCCGAAAACGCUAGAAUAUGUCAACAUUGUUUUAUUGAGGGCGAAUUACACUUCAUCUUUGACUGUAGCCUGUUCCAGGCGUUCAGAUAGUGGGGAGCGGCCAGGCGUUCAGAUAGUGGGGAGCGGUGCGAAGUAAAAAGGAGCGCGAAAAAAUAAAAGCGAGGGACGGGGAGAGGUGAGAGAGGAAACGCCUGUAAAAUUUGUUUUAAUUAGACUCUUCCGCCCACUCAGACCGCAUCAGCUGUAGGUGGUCUUCACUUAUCAAUCAAGACUGGUGUUACAGCCCCAUACAUUUAUUAUUUUUCUUGUGAAUAAAUCGAAAUUUCUCAGACCAAAAAUUAAUAUUAUGUAUACAUAAUAUUACUAAAAACCUAAUGUAAGACUUUCAGACAAUAGAGAGCGGGAGAAGUACUCAUGUACAAUGAAUUUAUUUUCGGCUUUAAAACAGUCCCCCUCUACUUUUCAUCGCUUUCUUCACUUCGCACCGCUCUCCACUAUCUGAACGCUUGGAACAGGCUACUUUGAUUGUAGUCUCCACAACCGCGCAGCCGGGCUACCCUUUUUUUAUGUUAGGGUCACCGACCUAGCCGGGCCAGCUUUUCUACAUAUAAACACUUUGCUUUGCCAAGGAAGGUCACAACUCGUUCAAGGCGAGACAAUCAGAGCUUGCGCGAGUGCUGUUUUAGACAACAGGAAGCUUAAGCAAUGACGACGGCGACGGCAACGAGAACAGCAAAAAGGCAAUAGAUUAGAUUAGCAAAACAACAACUUUGCACCUCCAUCAAGCUUUUUUGUACGUUUCUUAGCCGUCGUUGCACGACUACAACGUGAAAGUGCCUAAUUUCACGUUUGGUCGAGGACCGGAAUACAAGACAACAUGCAACUUUCCUUUUCUUUUCCUGAACUUUGAUACAGUCCUUUAGAAUUCAACUCCAAAACAAUUUGCCCACAUAUGACACCUUAAACGAGAUGGAAUAAGCGCGAUAAAGUUUGAGGCAGCGCGAAUUCACUUUUUAAGUGACGUUUUUGUAGCCGUCGCCGUCGUUUUUGCUUAAGCUCCCAAAUCAGAGUGUUACUGAGUGCUGUUGUCUCGGGCAAAUGGGUCAACUAUUUUUUUCUCAUGUAACCGCUUGCUUAAGCCGACUCUGCUGGGAGAGUGACCCUUCCUUCCGGGACAGGCUUUCUGCAUUUAAACGGGGUCUAAGAAUUCAAGGAAACUGGCCUGACUGGCCAGCACCAAGCACUAGAGAUAAGUCUUAGCCCGGUUUGCCGUCUGUUUUGACUUGAAAGGAUUUAGGUUUAGGCUAUUGUUGUUUCUUUGUCUAACUUUUCAGACGAAACCAUGAACAAACAAGUUCCAAAGUGCAUGGAAUAAAUUUGGCAUCAGCAAGAAGAUGUUUUAGUAUGCUCAACUUCAUGCCACAUCAGUUGGUCGCAAGUAAGGUAAUUGCAGAUGACCACCACAUUGACAUUUCAUGGCUGGCCUUCAUGUUAGCAUGUUAAUAAAGAGCUUUAGAUUCUAAGACGAGGACGACUACCAGAACUAGAUUAUCCCAAUACUAGAGUAAGUAGUGCGCGCGUGCGAACCAACGUCAUUUUGGCGGGAAAAUGUGAUGGCCAUCGUAGCCAUCGUCAUUCUACUACGAGUUUUAGCGAGAAUGUCGUAGUGGCGAAAACAAGUUAUCAAAUGUUAGGAAUUUAGGUUUAUCGUUUAGCGAUCGGGAGAGGGCUUUACCUCCUUCAACGGAAAUAAACGAACUAACUGUUGUGAUGAAAAAAGUACAAUGGUGCUUUCCGAGGUGUCUAUUUUUAGAGAAUAGGCGAGAAAACUUAAAGUUAAAUGUCGCCCUCGUAGUCGUCUUCGUCCGCGAAUCUAAAGCUCUCUUAUAAGUAGGGCUUCUAAGACAACUAAUACAUAAAUUCAUGACCUUGGUGUCAUCGUUGUGAGUUGGGUCAAUUGGGAGUUUACGCAACUACGAUGACGACGGCAGUGAAAACGUCAGUAAUGAUAAUUGAUUUAUUCACCUUCUUUCUUUUUGUCACUGGUGUAGGCGAAUUUCAAGAUACAACAUUCAAGAUAACUAAUUUAAGAAAAAAAUUCGUCGUCGUUCGUUUACGUCCCCCAUAAACUGUGAAAGUAGGCAUUUUCAAAAAAAAGGGUGAUGCACGUGCGGAGUUGUUGAUUUUCUCAGAGAACCUAUUGUUUUUUCUUUUCUUUUCCUUGAAAUCGUUGUCGUGGCUGGGUAAACUCCUUAAUACCGGGCUUAAGCAAGCACGGCGUCCACAGCACUGAAAACGGCCUUGGAAAAAAAUCGCAUUAUUUAGACUUGCUCAUUUUGUCUAAUGUGGGCGAUUUUUCCUACUUUUGAAUUAUUGAGGGCUGUUUCCAGGUUCAAAGAAAGAAAGGAAAAUUCGUCGUCAUGCGUUCACUUUCUUCGUAAAACGUUGUAGAAUUCAUGUCAUAGUACGAAAAAGCGUGAUGCACGUGCACGGCUGUUGUUUUGCUCCUAAGACUUUCUAUUAUUAUUAUUUUUUCUACGUUGUCGUUGGUUUCUUCGUGGUAUUCGCGUGAACUCCUUGAUAUUGACGUUGAUGGGUGGGGUAAGGUGAUUUGCUCACUGACGUGGCAGCAGAGUCCAUGAUGUCCAGUCUUUUCUAUUCCUUCUCAACCACUGGCUGCCAAGGGAAGUGGGGGGAGGGGUGGAUUUGCCUUGUCAUUUGUCUUCUUCCCUUUCUCUGUGUUUUCCUAAUCUUCCAUCCUUGCAGUGCUUUCUCUUUCCUUUUCUCCUUUUCUCCCUUUAUUCUCUUCUCAUGCCACUUCCUUCGUUUCUGCCACGGUGGUUUCAUCUUAGGAUUUACAUGUAUCAUUUUUUUAUUAUUGUUUUCUUUCAUCUCCCAAUACCUUUGUGUUCGUUUGUUUUCAGAUGUUUAACGCAAUAAAGCAAGGUGUCGUUCACUCCCUACAGCAGCCUCCUCCUGAUAUCGAGGCUCUGAGGGUGUAUUUGCUGCUGCCAGAAUUUUCCAUUUAUCAAAAGGAAGAACAGUACGACGCAAUUGUUAUUCCAUUUGGUGAAGCCAUCCUGAGAUUAUCAGUUGAUGCAGGCAAAGUGUUAAGUGAGUAUGAAGAGCCUUACCGUAUUUAUUCGAAUAAGCGCCCAACCUCGAAUUAGCGCCCACCUCGAAUAAGCGCCCAUCCUAAAGGCAGAAAAAGUUAAUUAGCGCCCACACCACCCCACCUCCCAAUCAAACUCAAAUAAGCGCUCACCUCACCCCCACCCCACCCUUUUGAGUGAAUAUAUUCUAAUUAGAGACUUCCCCGAGGACGGAGUUUUCUUCAGAGUAUUAUACAGAAACCUUGCUUUGUUACUUCUUCGCGUUUUGUUAUUAGCAUUUAUUGUUUUGUUGCAAAAUAAACAUACUUCACUUGCUACAAAUGGUAAAAAUUUAAUAAGCGCCCACCUCGAAUAAGCGCCCACUCUCAAGGUCCAAAAAUUUAAUAAGCGCCCAGGGCGAUUAAUCGAAUAAAUACGGUAUGCCUCAUUCGCGCCAACUAAAUAUGCUUAAAGGAGCUGUGUCACGAAAUUUAGCCGAAUUAGGAAAUUACAAAAUGCUGGUUAAAUUAAGAGAAACAUAAAAAUAACUGCUUAAAACUUUAAAGGAUGGUUAAAAUAACAUAACAGAAACAACAGAUGUCACGGAUGGGCAAAACUGAAGAAGAUUUUAACGGACUGAAAUUAGGGUUUUUGAAAACUGUUCAGCCUAACAGUUUUUACCGGGGCCUAGCCGAAGGCUGGCACCGGUCAUAAAAUGCAACGCGUUUCUGUCUUUUCAAAGUUACAUUGUUAGGGAUAUAUCGCUGACUAAGAUAUAUCGCUGGCUCGUUACUUUUGGGAGUGUACGCUGAGAUAUAUCGCUGGUUUAUUGAAAUCGUAUCCGCCAUUUUGAAAAGCGGGUGUCUAGAAAACGACGGGUUAUGGAGGAGAGUAAAGAGAAAGAUUAUAGCUUUUUGGGAACGACACGUUUCCCAACCUUUACGAUGUACUAGUUUAUGAGCGAAAACUUGAGAGUGAAUAUUUGGAGAGACAAAUUUACGAGCGAUCGCUUAAGAGUGAACCUUCCAUCGUGAAACUUAUUGAGUGAACCUUCCAUCAUGAAAUUUAUCGAGAAUCAAUGCGAACACUUAUCAAAGCUAACUUUAUAUCAUCUUUAAAAACGUGUUUCACAUAACCUUUGUCACGCAAUAUUUACGUUAGCGACAUGCGAAAACUCUCAACUGUUCAAAAUGGGGGAUUACCUAACAUUUUCUCUUUUCACAUUAUUCAUUACACCUUGUUUUCAUCUCUAAAGAAUAUUUGCAAUAAAAAAGAUUUUCAUGUCGCCCGACAAACUUGUUGAUGAAAACGACCCUUCCACGUGGGUUGCCAAGACAAAAGUGGCCCCGGUAAAAUUCGCGAAGUGAUUCUUGUUCAAAGUUGAUCCCUGCUGCUUGCAGCUUCAAGAAUAAUGCUCAGGAGACAUAUUUGUUUGUCACGGAUCUCUGAUUUUGUCACUUACAUGUAAUUUCUUUUCCUACUUUAAGUUCCAUAGCGAUUGAGGGCGAGUAAUUGGCAAAAUUAAACAAAAUGAACUGGACUGCCGUGACACAGCCCCUUUAAUUAAACUAGGUUUAAUAAAAAAAAUGAAAAACAGGUACGGAAAAAACACAGUCUUUUACACAAAAUUCCAAUGAACUUUGACAUAUUACAUAACUGCAAUAAAAGUAUAGUAAACAACUUUUAGAAAGAAAACAAAUUUAAACCGUUUUAACCAAACAGCGUUUAAGCAUGUUUAAGCUUUGGUGUGAAUGGGGAGGCUUUUGUACAGUAUGCUAGCAUUUUUUCGAGCAUUUUAGUGAGGCAAAAGCAUUGAGCAUUUUAGUGGCAUUUUCCCCGGAAAAUUAGUUUUACUUGAAAAUAAAAUAGAAAGUAACUUUUUUCAGGGGCCCAUGCCCCACGAGCUCCUGCGCUUUUAAAGAAAAUGAAGACUAAAACUCAAAAUUCACAAAAAACCUAAUACAGCUGUUUUUUUGGCUGUAUUUAUGAACUUGUACACGUUGUCGUUGUUACUUGCAACACUUGAACGUUUUUGUGAGUGUAAACUUUGAAAUUAAUUAAAAAAAACCGUUUGUAUAAUGGGCAUUAUCCGAGCAUUUUAGUGACUUUUUUGGGGAGACCGAGCAUUUUAGUGGGAAAAAUGGAGCACUAAGGUGGAGCAUUUUAGAGGGGAAGCAAAAGCGUAAUGUACAAAAGCCUACAUAAGUGACACUGCUCAUUGUUUGACAGCGAUUUUUCAUAUGUUCUUGAAACGAUAGAAAAGACACGCUAAAAUUUGUGAAAUUAUGGGAUUGGUUAGCAUAUUCAGAAACAAAAACAUGAAAAAAGGCCCAUGCCAAAAUUAAGACUGUUUGUGCAAACGGGUGGGAAUAACUCCAUACAAAUCUUUCUAAAAUUGGCUUGGAUCGUAGCAGGCCAAUUUUGGAAGGAUUUGGAUGGAGUCAUCGGAGCAUAACAGUGCUUAUACUGAUCUUCCCACCUGUUUGCACUAACAGGCUGAGUUUUGGCAUGGGGACUUUCUUUGUCUUGUUGUUUCAGAAUAUGCUGACCAAUCCAGUAAUUUUACAAUUUUUUUUUGUGUGACGUAAUCACUUCUCAUCUCUAUUACGCACGAACAAUACAAGAAACUAGCGUAACGUGGCCGAUGGAACGAAUGCAAACGCGCGUGCCUUUUGUUUGGUUCAGCGAACUUUCUCGAUUCUCCAUGAUAUUAUUUUGCAAUAAUAUUGAACAAUCGAACGAUGCUUUGAUCAUCUAUGUAUUUUUUUUCAGGACGAUGGUGGUCCACAUUACCCUCAACAUAUUUUUCCCACACAAUGAAGGUUUGAGUAUUUCAAAUAACGUGUUUGUGUUGACGUUAGCAUGAUAUUUCACUGAAUGAGGAAGGUUUUGGUUACAACACCCUACAAACAGAGCCUCCUCCUUUUGCCUUUUUGAGUGAGGAGGAGAAAAGGAGGCUCUACCUGAAUCGCGUCAAACCUUUGAAGUCACCGCAACUCAAACUUCUGAACAAAUCAAUCUUUUGUCAAACAGGGUUAUUCGAGUGCGAGUACGCGCUAUUUGAGAAACCGAUGGUCACAACCGAGCCAGCUGUAGCAAGUGCUCGGCUAUUAUACCUAAACUAUUUCCUAGCAAAAUACCGCGCAUGCUCAACAAAGAUCUUGUUUGAUUCAUGCAGAGUCUUUCUGAAACAUCUUUUUUCUCACCCUGCGAGCAAAGCCUCCCUUUGUCUUCUUGGGUUAGGAGGGGAAAUGGAGGCUCUACCUAAAUCGCGUCCAACCUUUGCUGAAGUCGCCGCAGGCCAAUCAUCUGGACUAGUCAACCUUGUUUUCUCUCGUCAAACUGUUAUUUUUUUCCGAAUGCGAGCAUAGGUUUAUUGAUAAACCGAUAGUCAUAACCGAGCCUGCUGUAGCAAGCAUACGGCUUUUAGGCCUGGGCUCGAAACUAUAUCCUAGCAACAUGCGACGCAUACUCAACAAAGAUCUUAUUUGAUUCAUGCAGUCUUUCUCAAGCAUCUUGUUUCUCACCCUGCGAGCAGAGCCUCCUCCUUUUGUCUUUCUUAAUGAGGAGGAGAAGAGGAGGCUCCGCUGAAUUGCAUCAAACCUUUGAGGUCGCCGCAGCCCGAACCGAUCACUCAGUGAGUUUAUAGUGAGAUUCAAUAUUCAUCUGAUCAAUGCCAUUCACUUAUCUUUUACAUCCAGUUCGCCUCCGAUUUAUCAAGUUCAUCAAAACUAUUCUAAUCCAGCUACACUGCAUUAGUUGGUCCGCCAGUUGCCAUAUUUUGAUUCCGUGAGUUACAAGGUCCACCGUUUUAUACCGACCGGUCAAUACUAACCCGUAGUUUUCUGUGUUUUAUUUUAGAUGUUUCAAGACUGUGUUAAGUACUUACUUCAUUUCCCUCUUCCAAAGUCGAAGGAUGAGGUAAUUUAGUAUUCCUGUUGAUUAUUAUGUUAAGAUUACCAACAUAUCACGGUGAACAACUACUGAACACUGCAAAAUAGUGGUGUGAACCCAUGGGUUUGAACCGACGAUAGACUAUUCCAAGCCCAAGUUGGUGACUUUGUUUUCAAGAUUGAGGGAAUGGUCUAUUGACACUUAUGAGAAAACUAAUAGACCUUUAUCACGCGUCGUAAAAGCAAAUAAUUUUUACUUGUCUAGACUAGUUUAUGUAUAGUUUUGACGAUAAUUUAACGUUAAGAUUAAUGUGGUAAAAAAUUUGCUUUUCAGGCAAUACGACGGCAAGCAGGACUGGCAAAUUGUUUAGGGGUCUUGGAGCAACUUCAUCUGGUAAGUUCAAAACCGAUUCGCCCGAAGUCCGUAGCUAACGUUUGAUUAUUAAAGUUGGCUCUUCGCUGUACAAGUCCCCUACUGGAGAAAAAUAUUAAUGUCUCCUUCGUAUCAAUCAGGUCAUUUGCCCCAGCCGCAUGAAUGUCUAGCAACUUGCAGGUAUCAUUGAAAGGUGUAUCUUUAUCGUCGUUUGUUAUUAUUAAGACCGUAAGCACCGGUCCUGAUUCAGAAGAGAACCUGUAGCCUGAAUUUCAGACAUUCCUUCCAGUCGCAUACUCCUCUCACGCUUCCUCUCACUCGUGAGAGAGUGCGAUUCGAGGGUAUGUCAGAAAUUCAGGCUAGUAGAAAUGGCCCCUACACAAUGUUUUUAUUCUCCAUCGUAUGGGAAGCCAACCAUAAUCAGUCGUCCUUAAGCAAAGUAUCGCAAUCAAAACAUCAGGGACUUUAAGGUGGCUCGAUACAGUUUUUUAGGGACAAUACCUCCCAAGUUUGAGCAUAAACUACAUCGUCAUAAACAAAGUUUUGGAAAAAUUCCCAUCACAGUUGUAUUAGAUAAAGAUGAAAAUUUGUUAUGAUCAGGGUUGCAACGGCAUCGGAGUUGUCAUAGCAACGAAAUGACGCUAUUAGCUAUUUUACUUGCAACAGUAUAUCUCGGCACUAGGAACUGUUCUUCGAAAAUGAUUCACGGGAGCUUUUUCCUCCAAUAGCAGCCUCGAUGUUCGUGAAGUUUAAGCGAAAUCUGUAAGAGCGUUAUCGAGAUAUUUUGGGAUAAAGUUUUUAUUGUUAGGAACACAGUAAAAAAUGGGCAAUAGUGUUGUUUGGCCGUUGUCUGUAGAAAAUGAAGCGCUUUCGACAUGCAAUUUCACCUCAUAGUAGUUUCAAUCUUUUUAAAAGCGUGUGUGAAAGAUCAUGGGAGAUAGCUCCAGCCGAUUGCUAGAAAGAAGGGUUUGAUUAGUAUGUAUCGAAGCGCUCUUGUUAGCGGUUUUGUAAACAUCUUUGUCUACUUUAACAAAUUAGCGAAUAAUUUUUAAACCGCUCGAUGGAUUUUUUUUAAAAUUUAAGAUUCUUGAGAUUAACCUUCCUUUUAUAUGACCUUUUAGUUUCAAGAUUAUUGAUAUGUUGUAAGGCAGUGAAAUAGGGGCUACAAUUUGUUACUUUUUUAUCGGAAGUUUCGUCAUUACAAGUGAAAGCCUCUAAUUAUUCAAGGCAUUGUCUCCAAGUUUCAUUUUCAUGUGAACAGCAGUAACUAACAAUGCAUUUGAAAAUUCAAAAAUGCUAGCUAUUGUUGUGCACGAAAAUAUGAAACUUGGGCACAAUACCCUGAAUAAUGAGAGGCUCACACUUGUAAACACAAAAUUUCUGCCAAAAUAUUGGCGAAUUGUAGCCCUUAUUUCACUGCCUUACAAUAUAUCAAUAAUUUUGAAACUAAAAGGUCAUAUAAACGGAACGUUAAUCUCAAGAAUCUUAAAUUUUUAAAAAAAAUCUAUCGAGCGGUUUAAAAAUUAUUCGCUAAUUUGUUAAAGUAGACCAAAAUGUUCAAAAAACCGCUAACAGAGCGCCUCGAUACAUACUAAUCAAAUCCUUCUUUCUAGCAAACGGCUGAAGCUAUAUCCUUGAUCUUUCAGACAUGUUUUUAAAAAGAUUGAAACUACCCUGAGGUGAAAUUGUAUGUCAAAAGCGCUUCGUUUUCUACAGAUAACAGCCGAACACCAAGAUUGUCCAUUUUUGGCCGUAUUUCUAACCACAAACUCUUUAUCCCAAAAUAUCUCGAUAACGCUCUUACAGAUUUCGCUUAAACUUCACGAACGUCGAGGCUGCUAUUGGAGGAAAAAGCUUCCGUGAAUGAUUUUCGAACAACAGUUCCUAGUGUCAACCCUCCAAGUUGCGACCAUUUUAGGCCCGGUUCAGACGCCGCUCCACUCAUGUGCCGAACCUAACUGAUGAAUUAAGUACGGCAAAAGAGCGGCGUCUGAAUCAGUUUGGUACGGCAGUUUUAGUUUGGUGCGGCAAAAGCAUUAAAUUCGACAGAGUCUGUCAAACGUUUGUCGAACUUAACUUCGGUUCGACACACGGUUCGCCGUCUGAAUCAGAUGUCGCGCCAGUGUCGCUCCAAAGUCGAACUUAUUCAGUUAGGUUCGGCACAUGAAAAGUACGGCGUCUGAACCAGGCCUUAGUCGCCAUGGCGCCUAAAAUUUUGGAACUGGCGACUUGAUUUGGAGAAUGGUCGCCAAGCUGGCGACCGUGAAGAAUAGGUUCGUGUUAUCGCGUAUAGAAACAGAAAUGGUAAUCACUUCUACUGAAAUAUGAAGAACAUUUAUUCUAGCUGAUUUGAAUUCCAUUACUUUUUUACUUUUCCGUUUGCUAAAUUUUAAAAAGUCUCAGACCUAAGCGUUUUGAAAAUGAACAUAAUGAAACUUGCCUUGGAUUCGUUCGCCUAAUCGCCUUCAGUCUGUUGCCUUGCAUGUGACAUUUUAACUUUUGACACGUGACAAAAUUAAUGGCACGCAAUCGAAGCGCCUUGCUUGUCGACAGUGACGAUUUCUUCGAUAUGUUAGGAAUGCUUGUCUAGCCAAGAUCGGUGGUUUUUUAACUGGACUACAUAUUAUAAAUAUUUUUGAAUCAAUACUGAAACAAUCUACUAACAUGAAGAGAGAAAGCUAAAUUGCUGCAAAUUCAACACAGAACAUUAUGUGAUAACCGUAACAUGUGAACCGUGCUGCGAGUUGAAUCGCGGGUUUGUAAACAAAAGCGAUAACUGUAAGCGAAACUAAACAUCGCAAAACUGACAGCUUAUGGUUGCUGCAAUAAAUGUUUUUUUUUAAAACCUGUAGCGAUGAUAAAGGAAAAAGAAAAUUUAUUAUUUCAUAAGCGGCAUUUUUGUUUGGGUUCCUUUCAAUUGAUUGGGAAAAGCAUUUUUUCCCAGUACAACAACUCGUUGCGAAAUUUUCACGUGCGCGUGGUUAUCUCUAUAAAGCAUUUUGAUUUAGAAAACUUGUUGAUCUUCCUAUACUCUCCUGCCUUUGUCAGGCUUUCGCAAUGUCUAGCGAUAUUAAAAACGACCUUUUAAAUCUCCAAAAAUAUUUGAUAGUUGGUGAAACAAGUUCAUCAUCAACAAAAGUCGCAAAAGAAAUGCGAAACAAAUAUCGGAAAAAAAAGGUCGCCUAUCAAGUUGCGACCGGGACAUACAGAGGAUGAGUUAAGCUCUGCUCUCAUAUACCAACUGGGGAUUAUACAGAAGGACUGAAGGCCCUAAAGACAACUGGAAAUGGUAAUUGUCUUUACAAUUCCGUUUAAGUAUUGAUUCAAGGAGAUGAAUCUGCAAACCCUAUUCUCAGACUAUCAGUAACUGUUGCCCUGCACAAUAAACGAGCAAUUUAUAGACAGUGCUGCACUUUAAGUUAAACUAGCUCACUGCUUUUGUCAAUGACAAUUUUGAUAUAUUAAUUUAUUAAUAUAAUUUGGCGCCUAAAAAUUUCCCCUGGCGACUAAACCCAAAGAGCUGAUCGCCAAAUGGCCACUGAACAAAAAUUGUAACUUUGAGGGUUGAGUGCCGAGAUAUACUGCUGCAAAUAAAAUAGGUAAUAGCGUCAUUUCGUUGCUAUGACAACUCCGAUGCUGUUGCAACCCUGAUCAUAACAGAUUUCCAUCUUCAUCUAAUACAACUGUGGUGGCAAUUUUUCCAAAACUUUGUUUAUGGCGACGUAGUUUAUGCUCAAACUUGGGAGGUAGUGGCCCUGAAAAACUGUAUCGAGCCACCCUAAGAUCCGAGAAGGACGACGGCGGCGAACACGUCACUUAACAAGGGAAUUCGCGUUCUUUUAAUCAGUUUCAUCGCGAUUAUUUUAACUCGCUUACUUUGUCAAAUUGUCGAAUUAUCCUGAAUUUGAAUUUCUAAGAACAAUAUUCAAAAAUGGAAAGAACGUUUCGUCGUUGCUUGCUUACGUCGUCCAUAGAAAGUGAAGUUAGGUUUUUUUUACGUCGUAGUCGUGCAGUGACGGCAAACAAAUGUACAAAAAAAUUGAUUGUUGUUGUUUUGCUAAUUAUUUUUACUGCUUUUUUGACAUUGUCGUUUCCGUCGUCGUCAUCGGUUCUUAUUAGGGAGCUUUAGCAACGACGACGGCGACGGCAACCAGGACGUCCAAAAAGCAAUGGGUUUAUUACGCAAAACAACAACUUUGCACGUGCAUCACGCUUUUUUGUACAUUUCUUUACCGUCCUUGCACGACUACGACGUGAAAAUGCCUAAUUGCAAGUUUUACGGAGGACGUAAACAAGCGACGACGAAUCUCUUUUUCUCUCUCUAAACUUGAGUGCGGUCCUCAAGAAAUCAACUCCAGGGAAAUUCGCCUACACUUGCCAUUUUCAGUAAAUUGGAAUAAACUCGACAAAGAUUGAAAAAACGGAAAUUCAUUUUAAAACUGACGUUUUCGCUGCCGCUGCUGUCGUCGAUGCUAAAGCUCCCUAAUGACCUUUAAAACGAUGGCCCGACGGACCUUUUGAACUGUCAUUUUCUUUCUACCCUUUUGUAGGGUUUUUGUAGGGUUUUUUAUUAGUGAAUUUUAAAGCAAGCAGGCCAUUAUAAGAAAACCCCCCAUAGCCACAAUCAUUUCUGUGAAAGCUCAAGAAGUAUUUAAUUUUUUGCAGAGUAUUCGUGUCACUGCCUAACGGUGCAGCUGUGCGUUUUCUAAAGACUUCAAAAAUAGUAGAUGAUUAAAUGCCGAUUUUAUACAAAUUCUACAGGUUAACACGGAAUCGGGUGAUAUUGUGCCAUUCAAUCAGUUUUAUAUCCCUGAGAUUCAACAGACUAUCGAUAUCAGAGCUGACUACUUCAACUGGAUUCAAAAUCAGGUAAUUAGAACAACAAUUCCAGGACGUUCGUAUUUUGAAAGAGCACUUGUGCUUCUAGACGAUAACGUUGGUAAAUAAAUUAUUGAUUGAUUGAUUGAUUGAUUGAACAAAAACAACAAGGCAGAACAACAAUAACAACAACAACAACAAAAAUAUUAUAGGAAAGCCACAGUGCCAUGCUACAUUGCUUGCGGUCGGCACGGGGGGUACCUAGGGCAAUUUUUGCUGGGUAUGUGCCGCUGGCCUCUUUGAACCCCUACCCCCCAAUAGUCUAUUGUGUGGCCAAUUAUAGAGCCCAUAAUUAAUUUUUGGGCAAAUGUUAUUUUUUGGCAAUCCCAAUUUAUUCAUUUUCUAUCACUUUUGAAAACGCGAAUCUUCCCAUUUCUAAAUCUCUUCUUACCUGGUUUUUCUUAAUUCCAAAAUCUUCAAAAUGUGCGAUCCCAUUGUAUUAACUCUCUUGAAAAUGCAACCCGAUGCAAUCUUGGAUUGAAGGAAAUAAUAAACAUGGGCUUGCCGUUCCAAUCCACCCAGAGGCUGAUUUCAUAUCGAAAUCGGUAGUUGUCUUUUGUUUACUUGAUGCUCUAGUUACGAAAUAUCGCACCAGAAUGAAAUUCUCUCUUCGGUAGAGUAACCGUGGUAUGUCGCGUUUGGGUAUGACGGUAUGACAUUUUCUGGUGGUGGUAUCAUGUAAACAAAUACGAAGCUACGAGAGGGAACCGGGAUGAAAUCUUGUCGGUUACAUCUAUUCGCCCCGGCAUCCCGUGAACAGUCUACAAAUCUAAGCCUGAGAAAACAGCUGACAUUUCGCGACGCCUCGACUGGUUUCUCCGUGAAAUGACGUCUGAGGAACGACUGCAGAAAUUACAUACUGAUGUAGUGUCACUACCAAGAUCUGGGUAGUCCUUCUGAUUAGUUGAAGCAAAUUUCCCUCACGGCGCAACAAAUCAGAGUACACUACCCAGAUCUGGGUGGUGCACGUCAUCAGUGUGAAAUUUGUGCUGUCGUUCCUCAGACGUUAGAGUGAUUUUCGUUUGACCUUGAUAUGAAAACGCGCGGACAAAACAGAAACAACAAACCAACGGAAAUAGAGCGAGUUUGAUUGGUUUAUCGAACGAAUACAAACGCGCGUGGCUUUUGGUUGGUUAAGCGAACGCUCGGGUGAAAAAACUUCAUGCCCGAAAACUUUCCAGAAAUCAACCGAUACUUCGCUUUGACGUCAUACUGCAACACGAUUGGCCAAUCGAACAAUGCCUUCUCCAUAUUAGGGUUUUCUUUGGCGGGAAAACGGAGAGGCCAUGUUUUGAUCUUUUCAGCCAUUGGCUGAUAAAAGAAAUAACGUUCCGCUUACCGAAAACAGUUUUCAAGGUCAUACGAAAUCUCUCUAUUUCCCGGGGUAAUCGCGAAAUGUCGGUUGUUUUAUCAGGCUACCAAAUCCUAGAUCCAGUCCAGAAAAGGCCAAUUCAACCUCCAGCAGUUUGCCUGCAGCUUUUUUUCACCUGCUUCUCCUUUUGUUUAGAUUGUGACAAACCUUCAAGAAUUACGGCACCACCUGUAUCACGUGGUAGGCCUUUCAUUUUCAAAAGCUCGUUCAACCAAUUCCAUAUAUGGCAGCAUGCAGAGCGCCAUUGCCACGUGACUUACUGCUUGUUUCAAUCACAACGUGAAAGAAAUGGGCCAUUUCCGAGUUUCCAAACCCCUCACUUUCAAAAUGAGGUUAAAUGCAAAACCUGUCAUGUGAAAAUGAGUUUCAUUUGUAUAACAAGUAAAUUUCAUUUUUGUAUCGGACUUUGCACUUAUCCUCGGUUUCAAAAAGAGGCUGCGGCAACUCGUAACUCGCCUAUUCAGGCUUGGCUGCGAUUCAAACCUCUAUUAGAGACCUUUAGAUUCUAGGACGAGGACGAGGACAGAAUUUGACUUGAAAUCCCUAUACCUUUUAUACAUACGUGAUUUGACCUAAAAACCCUAUACCCUUCAUACAUAUUUCGGACAAGAUUUGACUUGAAAACCCUCUACUUUUCAUACAUACUUCGGACGAGAUUUGACGUGAAAACCCGAUUUGACUUGAAAACCCUAUACCUUUCAUACAUACUUCGCAUCAUUUUAACGGUUUUACACGUUGUAUAUAGCUCCUCGCGAGAUAUUUUCUCAUCCCCAGUGAAGCCGUUUAAAAACAGCUGUUUAAGGCCUCAUUAAAACAGUAGUUUUUUUGUUAUUUUUAAUUUUUAAUCAUUCUCCUGAAGGACAACAUGAACAGAUUACCGGAAAGCUUUAUUGCACUUUUUUUGCCUCCAAAAUUUGCAUGGUUAUUUGUAUUGAGGAAGUUAAACCCUCUCCCCAUAAAACUUUUAACGUUUGAUAACUUUUUCCCGCCACUAAUACACUCUCGCUUAAACCCGUAGCGGAAUGACGACGGCUAUCACGUUUUCCCGCCAAAAUGACGCUGGUUCACACGCGCGCACUGCUUAGUGUCUAUAAAAUCUCGUUCUUGUCAUUGGAUCUAAUAAAAGGUCUCUUAUAAGUUAUUCAAGCCAACUGGAGAGCAGGUCAAUCGUGUGUCCAUCAUAUACCCAAUAGUGGUGAUAAAUAGCCUGUGUUGCAGACGUAAUCUAACCGCGGUUAGUAGCGUCUGCGAAGCGGCGCCGCUAUGCUUGUUCUGUGCCGCCCACGGACUUGACGAAUUACCGGAAAUGCAUUGCGAAUUUCCCUUCAACCUGAUCAGCAAAUCGACAAUGGAUUUUGUAACAGGCCAAUCAUGGCGCGCUCUGAAAUCCUGUUGGGAUUGGACAGGCAUUUAAGCGCUGUUUCGCCUACAGACUUAACCAGGCCCCAGUUGUUCAAAAGGCGGAUAACGCUAUCCACUGGAUAAAUCUCUACCCGAUGGAAAACGACAUUGGUUUCCCUAAUGCUUAUCCGCUGGAUAGUGAUUCAUCCGGCGGAUAGCACCAUUUAGCAUUUGAGCAGCUAGAGCCAGAACUUUAGUUCUGCCUGUGGCGUAGGCUAUUGAUAAAAACCAUGGAAUACAUGGCAUGAUUCAUAUUUUCGGAUGAGACAGAUGAUUGUAGAAGUAGUCCGUAUUCCUAUCCUUGUAAAUACCGCUUUAUGUGGCCGUUUUUGUUUCAUCUGUAGUUCAGUUAUGAUCUAUUUCAUAUACUCCAGGUCUUUGUGUACCUCGUCUCUUUAGAAGCGUACAUUUAUUGUAAAUUCUUACACAACGAAUAAAAAUGUGUCUAAAUUAUUUUAAGUAGUAGUAUGAUCAUAAAGUUUGGUUACGAUGGUGUGAUUUUCCUUUACAGCAAACGUUUUCUUUCUGUCGUUACCCAUUUGUGUUUGACGCUGAAGCCAAAACUACGUUAAUGCAAACCGAUGCUGUAAUGCAGAUGCAAGUAAGUCUAGACAACACUUAGAUAUGCAUGUACAUCCGUCAAUAACUGAGUGUGACGUCAAGAUUGCUAAAUUUUGGCCAAGGUUUUGCCCCCUUUCCUCGUUUGAUAAAGUAGAAUAACAUAAAAUAAAAUCAGUUAAGGAUUUACCAUAGGGGCAUUUUUUUUUUUGGCGGAGAUGUUACAGGGUGGAAAUCCCGGAGCGAGAAGGAUAUGUCUACCUUGUUUGUUUGAGUGGCCAAUCAUAAGACAAGUCUCUUGCUCACGAAGCCAGUGCUAGAAUCAUCGCGUUCGUCAGAACGUUUCCUACUGUUGUUGAUCCUGUGGUACAAAGCCACAAAUUUUCGAGGUAUCGGGGGCGACUGCGAAUAAGCUGGUCCCACUGAUUUUAGCAGGGGCAUCUCGGCCGGGAAACUGGACUCCUUUCGACUCGAUUUCGUUUCCGUAAGUGACGAACGCGGAUCCGUAAUCAAUGAUUACCUCUAGUAUUUAACAUAACAAUAGCAGCGUACUAAAGUUUAAUUGAAGGUACUGCAAAACCGUGCAGUUUGCUAAGGUAGGCUAUCGCUUUUAGACAAUGCAGCUAGCCAAAGCAGCUUGCACUACCGCCAUGCUUAGCCAUUUUUGCAAUUUACUAAGACGAUGUGGACGCGAAGCUGUUUGGAAACUUAAGGCGGAUUUCUACUGUCGCUUAAUUGGUUCGUGCGUAAGCACGUAAAGUGUACGUGCCUAAAUAAAGUAGAGGCAAUAUAAUUAUGGAUGCUUCCGUAAACGAAAAAGUUAAACCUCUCUCUCAACUUUGACGCUUACGCUCGGUCUUGGAUGCGUUACCUCUUGUGUAUGCACGUAACAAUAACGCGACUGUGAAGAUCCACCCUUUAGACUCUGAGGUAUCUUAUUUCGGGUGGUAUAUUCAUCGUUCUCUUCUUUCUAUUUAUCAGUCAGCUGUUGAGGAGGUGAACCGUCGGAAUGUUCGAUCAAUGGUGUCGCAAAUGCCUAUUGACCCUGUUAAUCCAAUAUUGGUCAUCGUGGUCAAGAGAGAGAAUAUUGUCGACCACACCCUAAAUCAGAUUAUGAAGUGGGGACCGUAUGAUUUAAAGAAACCUCUGAAGGUAAUAGGUAGUUUUAGCAACUUAACGAUUAUCUUGAACGAUAAGGAUAAUCUUCUCACGAUUAUGACAAGACUAUGACAAGAUUUGCGCAUACGCGAGUUAGUGACAAAACGCGAAAGGACUGGAUGCGACUUCCGGUUUUCAAGUUAUUAGAUCUGGGCGCUCCGACGUCACUCUCGUUAAACAUGGUUCUCUAAAAAAUGUGGAUGAUCUUGAGGACAAAGCUUAUAUGUUGCAUUGGCCAUUUCGAAGUUGUGGGUUACGAUGAUUCGGUGGUGUGGCAUAAUUUCUGCAUCAAGUGGUUCUCGUUUUUGUAAAUACUUCUUAGUUAAGUUUAAAGUGUAUAUGACAGAAAUUUUUUUAUUUGCUUGAUAGAAUCUAUACAGUGUUUUGAUAAGGAAAGCAGAAACAUUUUUUCGAUAGCGAUUUUUCUUCCCCGUGUUUUAACCUGCCAAAAACGUGAAAUUUUACUUCCGGUGAGCUUCAAAACCGCGCUAGCGAAAACAGAAGACUGGGAAUGAUUAUGACGUCAUUUCAGGACAUUAUAUUUCGCGGCAGGCAAAUUACCUGGUCAUUUUCUUAUUUGUGUGGCAGUGUUUGGAGAAUGUUUUUUGAGUUUCCCUGACCUUGUUUGAUCAGAAACAGCAGAAAUCAAUAAAAAGUCGCUUAAGCUCGAAUUUAAUUGACUGUGAAAAAGAAUAAUGAGUUUUGAAAGCGAUACGGAACAGUCAGACGUGGAAUCGAUCGGGUCGCGCACUCACAUCUGCGAGUUAGGGCUAGGAUCAGACGAAGAUGAAGAAGAUAUGUACAAUUCAGAUCCAAAAGGACCGUAUAUAGAUGAACCUAUUGCAGACGAGGAAUGGCUAACAGAAUACAACCGAGAACUAGAAGAAAUUGAAAGGAGAAACCAGGAGUUACAAAACCGCUUUGAAAGGAUUGUCGAACCCGAGACUUGGUAAGUGUUCGCUCUAUUUCUCACCUUUUAAUUAUUAGCCUGAAAUCUUAUCGUACUAAGAUCAUCACUUGCCGAUAAAAAGAAAAGGAUAAAAGUUGUAUUCUUCAACUUAAAUACUACGUUCCUUCUUUUUAAUUUCAAAGGUGCUCAUGUGGCAAUUGUGCUCUUGAUCGGCUCCAAAAUUUCGGGGAAUGCCUCUGCUGCAAGGAAAUCGAAAAGUGCGUCGAAUCACUUGGUAGUACCGCCGUUCUGAAUGAGGUGGAAAUCGGUCCCGAAUGUAUUACAUUGCAUCCAGGUUUCAGUGUCGUUUGCCUUAACAGAUGGUCUCUCCGAUGAGCCGCAAGUAAAUACAAAAGGAUAGACGGUACAAAGUAUCGUCAGACUGAUAGAGAAGAAAAGUGAGUAAUGUUUUGCCCAGUUUUUUUCUGUCAGAGCUAAUUUACUGUGUUCUCCAAAAGCAACGUUAGCCGGCAAAAGCGCCCAACAGUUGCAACAGAAGCAGUGGUUAUUUGUUCAAACACCAUUUUAAGAGAAAGAUAAUCAAUUGAUUGUUUUUGUUGCCCAUUAUUUUGUAUAAUAGAGAGAUUUUACGUGACCCAUGAAACAGACAAUAAACAGCUACAAUUUAGAAGACAAUAGAAAUAAUGCAUGAUAGCGUGUUCCAUUCUACUACCUGUUUAAUCGGUUGAGUAGAAUCACUAUAUUACAAAAAACAUAUGAUAAAGAAUAGAGCAAAAUGUACUUUGCAGAACCCCUAAAAUCAAACGUUUCUCUGGGCUUGGGUGCGUGUGUGUAUGUGGGAGGGGGGGGGGGGGGGGGGUUGCCAGCCACACCAAACCCCACACAAAGCAUUUUGAUCUCAUCUUUUGCUGACUACUUUCAUCUUUUCUUACUCUGCUCUACUCUUCAACCCUGGUCCUAUUUUCAACUAUAUUCGAUAGUUGAUUUGAUAAUGUUCAGUUCAUAAGAUGUUAAAGAAAUGGGAAUUUUAGAGACACAAAGGAAGGGCACGAUUGGAAUAGAAAUGCAUCUGCCACUGGUCAUGUGGUAAUACUGGGCUCACAGAGUUGAAAUACAGGGCGAGGUCAUGACUUGAAUAUUUAUUUUUAUGUCUUCAUUCUUUUGCACAGGUUUCUUCGUGGAGUAGCCUACAGAGAGUUUACGCAACUAUAUGGUUUUCUUGGGGGAAAGCGGAUUCCACUGCCAGCAUGUGCUUACCAUGCAAUAAGAACAGAACUUUCAGAAGAGAAUGAAGAAUUUGUUGGUUUUGAAGAUAAUGAAUAAAGAUAUUGCCUUUAUGACCAUCAUUAUUUUAAAAUGCAAAUAGCGAAACAGAGUGCAUUGACAAAUUUUAUACUAGUUUGGACUAAUAUUGACUCAAAACAUCAGCCGAUCGCACAGAAACUAUCUGUAUCUUAAUUGUCUACAGUGCGAGGGUGACUUGAAAUAAUGGUGAUGAAAAUCUCUCCCAGUUUGUAUUAAGCAAUUACCAGCCAACUUAUUGACUUUGCCUCAAAAUAAAAAAUAAAAAGGUGUGCUAUCACUGUCCACUGUUUUUGUCGUGCCUGGUUCCUUGGACAAUCAACUAGAAGGUUGUGCCCUCUCAUGGGUCUUUUGCAAACAGUGCAAUUCCUUGGUCUUCCUCCACUUGAUGACUGUGCUGUAGCUGCAGCUGCCUCUUGGGCAAGAACAACAGAUACUGCAAGCAAAAUAGGAGAAAUAUGUUUAGUCCACCUUCAUUGCUAAUAAAAUGAUAAUAAUAUGUAACAAUAAAAAUAAUAAUAAUAAUGGGAACUUUAUUUGUUUUUUUGAAUGUACCAUUGUAAAUCUUGCUACGUAUAGGCAAUUUACAAAUGCUGCUUGAGAUUGGAUUAUUAAAAAGAAAAAAACAAAAAACAAACAAAAGCCAAAAAAAAAAAAGGAAUCAAAAUUGCAUUAAGUCUGGGCUAUCCCAGUUCCUAUUUCUACAACAAAAGAUGUAAUAUGUUGCUUUAAUGGCUAUAUUUAUCAUUUUCUUGAUUAUAACAGUAAUAUUGAUAACAAUAAAAAUCCCUAGAUGUCCAAAAAAAGAGAUUUUCCCAAAGAAAAAAGUGACUUGAGAGGGGCAGAAGGCUCAGCUAGCCUCAGAUAGGGCUGUGUUCUAACAGCACAUGGUGACCGCUAGCACAUAACUUCUGCUCUACGGCGACAAGAAAAUCUUAGAGAUUAUAAUAUUAUGCUAGGCAUCCUUGAUUUCACAAGUUCAGGGCACUGGGCUCCCUUCAAUUUGUCUUAGAACACAGCCAUGAUUAUGGAUUUUGCAGCCGAUCAAGAGCACAAUUGCCACAUGGGCACCUUUGAAAUUAAAAAGAAGGAACGUAGUAUUUAAGUUGAAGAAUACAACUUUUAUCCUUUCCUUUUAUCAGCAAGGUAUGAUCUUAGUACGACAAUAUUUUUUAGGCUAAUAAUUAAAAGGUGAGAAAUAGAGCGAACACUUACCAAGUCUCGGGUUCGACAAUCCUGUCAAAGCGGUUUUGUAACUGGUUUCUCCUUUCAAUUCUUCUAGUUCUCGGUUGCAUUCUGUUAGCCAUUCCUCGUCUGCAAUAGGUUCAUCUAUAUACGGUCCUUUUGGAUCUGAAUAGUACAUAUCUUCUUCAUCUUCGUCUGAUCCUAGCUCUGUCUCGCAGAUGUGAGUGCCCGACCCGAUCGAUUCCACGUCUGACUGUUCCGUAUCGCUUUCAAAACUCAUUAUUCUUUUUCACAGUAUUUCUGCUGUUUGUGAUCAAAAAAGGUCAGGGAAACUCAAAAAACAUUCUCCAAACACUGCCACACAAAUAAGAAAAUGACCAGGUAAUUUGCCUGCCGCGAAAUACAAUGUCCUGAAAUGACGUCAUAAUCAUUCCCAGUCUUCUGUUUUCGCUAGCGCGGUUUUGUAGCUCACCGGAAGUAAAAUUUCACGUUUUUGGCAGGUUUAAACACGGGGAAGAAAAAUCGCUAUCGAAAAAAUGUUUUUGCUUUCCUUAUCAAAACACUGUAUAGAUUCUAUCAAGCAAAUAAAAAAAUUUCUGUCAUAUACACUUUAAACAUUGUAAUUAGUAAUUAGCUAACUUUGUAAUUAGUAUUAGAUUAAGUGUUGUAAUUAGUUAUUAUAAAUAAUGUAACAUAAUCAUUGUUCCUGAAAAGCCCCUUUGGGGAGGUAACAAUAAAGAAUUUAUGUAUGUAAUAAUAAUGAUGAUAACAACAACAAAAAUUCAGCUUCUUACCGUAUAUCACGGGUUCUUGUAUGCAGUUUAGUACUGUAUUCAAAGAUCGGACUUUUUUUGGCAGGUUGUGUUUGUCGGCGAAGAGGGUGUAGAUGCUGGUGGUGUUAGGAAGGUAACAUUAUGUAACAUUCAUGUGAAUGGUUCGUCACGCAAGGGAAGGAACGCGUGACCAAGCCCUAAGAAUGUCUACGUGGGAGACUACAUUCAAAACCGUUGGAGACUAUAAGCAGUGAUUAAAGACGUAUAUUCAAUUCCAAAACGCGUAUUUCAAGGGAAAGAAUCGUUUCGCUGUGGGUCCUCAGCCAUUUGGCAAAUGUGAAGCUCUUCGUCAAUUCUAAGCCAUAAUGAUUUAGACCCUGAGUUUUGGAGCUGCAGGUCAAUGUUGUUGUUCUAUGCUACCAUCCAAACUAAACAGGUUUCCUUUUAUGAACUUUAUCAGGGUUGUGCUCUAGCAGCGCCCGGAGGCCCCUGACCCUUACUUUUGCUCUUGAGCGACUAGAAAAUCUUAUUAUUUCGUAGAAAUCCUAUGCUCUGCACCCUGGAUUUCACAGGUUCCGGCAGAGCAGUGGGCUCCCUUCAAUUUUUCUUAGAGCUCAGCCUGGUAUAAAUUCAGCCUUUUUAAAAAAAAAAAAAAAAACUGUUAUUUUCUCCUUUUUAAACUUCGAAUUAAUCGGAAUGUUUUUAUUCAAUGUAUUUAGGAAUUCUUUCUACUGCUUCUGACUGAGAUUUUGGACCCCAAAUAUGGCAUGUUUACAUUUAUUGAAGAAUCAAACACUAUCUGGUUUAACGACUUGGUAAGAUAUAUUAGAAACAUAAUUUAUUUUAACGUUAAAAGCCGACGUUUCCGUAUCAUCAUGACACCAUUCUCAAGGCAAAAUGAAUAAGUAAUGCGAAGAUUUGAUUUCUAUAGUCUCUACAAAUUAUUAUGCUAAUUUGUAGAGACUAUAGAAAUCAAAUCUUCGCAUUACUUAUUCAUUUUGCCUCGAGAAUGGUGUCAUGAUGAUACCGAAACGUCGGCUUUUAACAUUAAUAUUCGCUUGCUUAUGUUUUAAGAAAUCGUUAUUGAUCAAUAAUUUAUUUUAACACAUUUAUUUCCCAGGAAAAUCUAAAACCAAAGUCGAGAAAAAAAAAAUCAAAUGCUCAUAAGAUUUCAUGUCAGAACCAUGUGCAAUGUUAGGAUGUAUAUAAAAUUACUGCUCAGUUGCUUUGAAAGAGUGGUCUAACAGUAGGUUUUCAUCCUGAGACUAAAAAAACUUUAAAACAUUUUGUACUUUAUAAUAAACAGUACCACUGAAAAGUAGUGCUCAGUAGCUUUUAGAGGACGGUCGUAAGAGGAUUGCAGCCAUACACACUCAAACGUUUCAGCAUAUAUAUAGUCAUAAAGAAAGUGCUGGUCGGUAUCUGAUUAUUCCUUAGUUAUAGUAUGAAAGAAUAUGUCAACAAUCAUGUUUUGUUUUCUUGCAGACGUUUGAAGAAAAUCCAAUGUUCUUAUUGAUUGGUGUUAUUUGCGGUCUUGCCAUCUACAACUCUACCAUCAUCGAUCUGAGGUUUCCGCCUGUUUUAUACAAAAAGCUUUUGCGAAGGUAAUUUCAGUACUUAUACAGCCAUGUACUCUUAAUCUUGUGAUGGGGUAUCGUAAGUGAAGUCAAACGUUCUUCACAGAGUCACCAAUGGGACAGAGCUACGUGUUCCAAAGAUACCCAAACAUAGAGGGUUGAUCGUGCUUCAAGAAUUGGCACAAACAAAAGUUGUCGCGAGAUAUCAGUGGAUUGGCAGCUUGAUUGACAGCUUUGUUCUAGCAAAAUAAAUUGAAUCUACCUUACACACCCUCUCUUUGCUCGGCUGAGGCACACUUUGGGAAUCCCAGCGGUGCCAACAGUCGACCUUCGCUUUUGAAUUUAUCGUACGCUGUCAUUUUUAAUUUUCUGAGGUCAUUUUCAUGGUUUUGGUCGUUAUUGCGUACUUCUUACCAAAAAAAUAUAUAUUGUUUUUUCGACAAGAAUGGCCUGUCGAAUGUCUCCACGCUCGCCUUUCUUGGACUCUGUGAAUAAUUCAGUCACUUUUGUAUUGUAUUGGUUUGUUGUGUUUGUUUCUCCCAGAAAGCCAAACCUGGAUGACUUCAGAGGGUUUAAACCGUCAAUUGCUAAGUAUGCAUUUUUUAAUUUAAAUUUUUAUAAUUAUGUAUAAAAUCAGUGGCCAUGUCGCACUAGUUCAUUGUCAUGCACAACCCGCCAAAACUUGACAUCAGAUGCAUCAUUCCUCUUCGCGUUUUUACAUUGCUCCUCGGUCUUUGAUAAUCAGAGGAAAUACUCCGUUUUAUGUUUGGUAUAUUACUUCUCUGUGUUGGAAUAUUAGAUGGAAAACUUGUCCUCAUGUAAAUAUAUUACUAAUCGGUGUUUCAAUAUCAGUUGAAACAGUCCUGGUUUUGAUACACAGUUUCUCAGUGGCUGAAUAUCAGAUCAAACACUCCGCUCAUGUAUCAUAUAUGUCAUGUCUCUGUAUUGGGAUAUUAUAGGAAAUACUCCCUUUUGUGUUAAAUAUAUUUCUUGUCAGUGUUGUAAAGUCACAUACAAAAAACAUUUAUUACUCCUUGGUGUUUACAUAUCAGACGAAACUCCCCUUCUCGUCAUUGAUUCUUAAUUUCACUGCCCCUAAUGAAAGAUAAAACAGUCUUUCAGUGUUUGGCAAGAGUCAUGCAAAUAGCCACCGGUUCUGCAAAGAAAACGUUUAAGCCGAAGCCACGAAUCGAAAACGCUUCAGUGUAUAAUCAUUGAGAACACACACCUCCUUCUUAUUUUUCUUGGCUUAUUCCAUUACAAUCAACAGAAAUCUCCAAUAUUUGCUGGAUUACCCUGACGAAGAUGAUAUUGUUGACGCAUUUGGUCUCAAUUUCCAGGUAAGCUUCGUUGUCGUUUUUUCGUAAUCUUGUUCUUCGUAGAAUAAGUGCGAUCGUCAACACCGAAUAAACUUCUUUUUUUUUCUUUUUCUGGUUCAGAGAUGGUGUUUGGACAUGCUAUGAUUUUUUAAAGUAUAAGACAUUCAAAAAGUUUGUAGUGUACUUUUAAGUUCCAAACAAGCACAGUUAUCUUCACGACAUGUUUUCCUUGGUAGAGUAGGUGGUUUUACCUGUUGUUAAGCAACUAAGAAAGUUAGCACUCGACUCGACCUCAGCCUUUCCAACUGACUUGGUGUCUGUUUUUUUUAGAUCGUCCGUGAGAGAUACGGGGCACUAGAAUAUGUUGAUUUGAUUCCUGAUGGAGGAAACACACCAGUUAACGCUGAAAACAGGUAUGUGACUGACGAUAACGAAACAGCAAGUGUUAAGGGUUUAAAGGUUAAAGAUUUGUUUAUAUAGUGGAAAGUGUACUUAGCUUAUCCAGCUAGCUUACAGGCACACCACUCAGAUAAUAAGAAAUAAAUAAUCCUAAUAUAAAAGGAUUAAAAAUCACACCUGGCAGGAGGCAACCAGUUAGCUGUUUACACACAUGGUGAGGAUCUGAACUCGACACGACCGAGAACAUUAAUUCAGAGUGUGAUUACAGCGCGACUCGAACCCGGGACCUCCGGAUUGCCAGACGGACGCGCUAGCCACUCGGCCAUGCUGCCUCCCUGUCUGAUGCUUUUUCUCACCACAGACCCGUUUCUCCAAAGUCUCGCUGGCCCGAAAACCUAAAGAACAAAAGCGCGGUUCCCGAAUCUAACAAAUCGGUGCAUUAUUUUGCAUGCUGAUAGUUCAGUCAUAUUAUCUGCAAAACUAUUGAAAGUUCGAUUUUGAAUGUAAAAGACAACAGCUUUUCGGACCCGAUGAAAAUAGGCCAUUUGAACGAUAAUGUCAUUUUACUACUAUGAGCAGAUGACAGAAUCCUUAGGGGGUUUGCUUUCUUGUUUAAGUUAGGGCUUUUGUGAUUUAAAGCUCGCUGGGAUUCCCAAUUUAAAUUUGAAAGGAAAAACGAAAAGGAUUGUGGUCGUAGUAGUGAAAUGACGCCAACGUGCAAAUGGCCUAUUAUUGGGAAGCAGGCCCCAGGAACCAAUGAAAAAAAAGGAGUCACUUCAAAAGAAGACUGAAAAUGAUCGUUCGCAUAAGCUCCGAGAUGAAUAGAAUUGUAGUGAAAAUGAUGUGCGCUUCGACAACCUGUGCGGAAUUUGUUGCUUGACCAAUGUUUUCAUAUUAUAUUUUUUGCGUCAAUGUUUUUCCAUCCGUCCUGCUACCUUAACAAUAGAGAGUAAAACACUCGAAUGGGAACAUCCAUAUCAUCGAAUAGGAACAUCCAUAUCAUCAGCGUUAAAAGUAACUCUUGGCGUCCCACAGGGAUCUAUUCUCGGGCCCUUGUUAUUUAGUUUUUACAUGACACCUAGACAGUAGAUUUAAAAAGAGCUUCGACUGGGCAGAGAUCAUUUUUCUAUCGCGCAAUAGUAUAUAAUUAAACGUAAACAUCGUGCCCGUAGGGAACUUUGGGCGUCUAUACUUUGACUUAUGUAAUGCUUUUAGGAUCAAAUCUAUUAAGUUCAUCUUGAUAAUUUUUCUUAGUUUUUUAAGAGUACUGUAAUUAGGUUUUCUUCCGAUAAUUGUAAAUUAACAUUGAAAAUCCCAGUUUGGGACAUGUUUUAAAUAAACUUAUCGCGUUGUAUUGUAUUGACUCCCCUCUGGGUUUUCCUGGGGACUACAAUCAAUCACACUCGAACUACAUAUGUACCUUUCCCCUGUCUAGUGACUGAAACAUUUUGUGACUCAUCAGCCAGUUGUGUCUCUUACUUGCUUCUAGACAGCAGUAUGUCGAUGUGUAUAUUGAUUACUACUUAAACAAGUCAGUGGACAAGCAGUUCCAGGCUUUUUCGAUGGGUUUUCACCGAGUUUGUGGUGGUAAAGUCCUGGUAUGUUGAUGAUAAUUUUGUCUGCGUAACAUUGAUAUAUUCGAUGAGUUUGUGGUGGUAAAGUCAUGGUAUGUUGAGGAUACUUUUGUUUGUAUAACUUUGAUAUGCUCGAUGAGGUUGUGGUGGUAAAGUCAUGGUGUGUUGAGGAUACUUUUGUUUGUAUAACAUUGAUAUUCUCGAUGAGUUUGUGGUGGUAAAGUCAUGGUAUGUUGAGGAUACUUUUGUUUGUAUAACAUUGAUAUGCUCGAUGAGUUUGUGGUGGUAAAGUCAUGGUAUGUUGAGGAUACUUUUGUUUGUAUAAUAUUAAUAUGGUCGAUGAUAAACAAUGUUGUUAUCACCCGCCUUAUCCCUUUAAGCCGCAAUUUUCUCCAAACUGAUCUCCAUACAUUUUGUUAAAGAAUUAGCUAAGAGAAUUUGAUAAAAGAUUAAAGCAUCAUUUCUUUUAUUUCAUUUGAUUGAUUAUCAUAAUCGUUUCUCUCCAUAUGGAUACUGACGGGGGAAAAUUGUGUCCAGUCCAAACGGUUGUAUUACGAUGCCACAAAGGGCUGAGACUGGACAUGUCUUCUCAAAAAGGCAACAGUCUUGGACAGAAUUUAGUAUUUGCCAUGUCACAUAACAAUUAGAUAGGCCAUUGUAACGCCUAAUUUAACUAUAGUACAUUCUCGUGUCUUCCUGUCAUCGAUUACUAGGUUCGUUUGAAACGAGCACUUGAAAAACUCUUUUCCAAAUUUAUGCUGGAAUCAGUGGCCCCAGAAAGGAGAAGCUAAAUAUUUUCGAAAGCUAUUAAUUAUAUUCUACAAAUCGAAGUGUCGUAUGUUUUUGUGCUAAAUCAUUUUAGUGUUUAAUGGAGUGGUGUUUGGUUUUUCUUUAUUCUAAACAUGACAGGAAUUCUUUCAUCCUGAAGAGUUAAUGCAGAUGGUAGUAGGAUGUCAAGAAUAUGAUUUCAAGGAACUUGAAAAGGUAACAGGUGUUAUUGUGGUGUAACGAUACCGUAAAUGCUCGUGAGCAGUUAGGCUACGGUAUGCUCACAUUGUUCCAGAUAUCUUUGCGCCGACACGAAAACUAUUUGGUACAAGGCUUUUGUUCACACAUACGGUCGGUGAUUUUGGUGCGAAUUUCUGUAACGGAGCGAACCUGCGCCGCUCCGAUCGUGCCAACUUUCCUCACUUGCAGCCAAUUGCUGAAUUGCGGAGGAACAAGAGAGGUGAGAUCGGACGUCAGCAUGUAAAGGCGCCCUCUCGCAGCCACGUCAGUCCAUGUGUUGAUCACACCUCGCCCACCCAGACCGAUGUCGGCACAAGUCAGAUAGACCAUGACAUCGGGGCCUACGUCCCCUACUCAUUUCGAACAAUGUCAUGGGUUCUUUUACGUCCUCUUCCAACUGAAGGGGAUCGUCACAUAUCAUACAGGUUUCUGCCACCCUUAGUCGCAGUGUGAACAGGUAUUCGAACCGUAGCGGAAGUAACUGCCUAGGACCCACUGAGACAAUUGAAUAUUCAGAAGUGCGGAUUGGGAUUUAGUACUAGUACUAGUACUAAGUUCGAUGUGUGGGAGAGAUUUGCUCUAGUUCUGCGCCGUUGCCUUUCAUACUCUGGGUUCGCCAGUCUUGAAAAGUCCUUGAAUUUUAGGGGAAAUACUUGGAUUCCAUUUUUCCUUGAAAAGUCCUUGAAUUUUCUUCAGCUUUGAAUGUAGUGGCCUGGAAAGAGUUUUCUGAUGUUUUUGGUUGUCCGAGACAGAAUAUAAAUCAUAGCUCAGAGAAUUUAAAGGUUAUUUACACAAAGUGCUCUAUGUUUUAUGCAAUAAUUAACUAUCAAUUUAAGACAAGUGAACUGAAAAAUGUAGAGAAGUUGGUGAAGCAAACGGCUCAAGCCUUAAAGUCUUAUUAGAAUAGACUGGGAAUGUGCAUUUUCGUAUAACCCUGAUACUGUGCCAGAUAGCUUUUCUUGUCUUCCCAAAAAGCUGUUCGGUAUAGUAUAGAAAUAGCCUUACAUAGAAGGAAAGGGCGAGAGAGGACUGGGAAAGGAUCCUAACGAACCACAACCAGAGGAGCACCCAUAAGGUGAAAUCUGCGUCCAUUUGAAUUUCUUUCAGCUGUUGCUUCAUGGUUAAACAGUAGGCCCAGUUGACUUUCUUUUCUCCUGAACCUGUUUUGCAGGUGGCUGAGUACAAGGGGGAAUACUACCGCUAUCAUCCUGUCAUCAGAAACUUCUGGGAAGUGUUCUUUGAAUUUCCUGUUGACAUGAAGAAAAAAUUUCUUGGUAGGUUUAAUGUACGAUCAUCAUAAUCAUCAUCAUCAUCAUCAGCAGCAGCACCAGCAUCCUCACCAACACCACCACCACCAACACCAUCAUCAUCAUCAUCAUCAUCAUCAUCAUCAUCAUCAUCAUCAUCUUCAUCAUCACCAUCAUCAUCAUCAUCAUCAUCAUCAUCAUCAUCAUCAUCAAUCAGCUCAUUAUUCAAAAUCAGCCUCAUUAUCCAAACUCUAUUCAUAAGAGACAUAGAUGUAUCAAAAGUUUAACACGUCAUCAAUUAUCAAUUUCAGAUCUGGUGAAUAAUACACAAUCAAGAUGGUAAAUGAAAAAGAAAAAAAAAAAGUUGCAAAUUAAAUAAAAUCGUAUUAUAAGUUAUAAAAAAAGCAUAGCCUAUAUAUUUGAUGGUACAGUUAAAACAUCGCAAGACCCAAACAUCAGCUGCAUUUCUUCUAUUGCAGUAUAUGCUUGUGAGAUACAAACGAGCCUCCUCAUUUGCUAACUUAUCCUCCAAUGUUUGGCAUAUAGUCUGAUAAGUAGAAAAUGGCCGUGAAAGUUACCUACUCGCAAGGCCUUUUAACCACUAACAACUUAGCGUCUGUUUGCAUUUACAGCGUUUUUAACCGGGAGCGAUAGAGUGCCAAUCUUAGGAAUGAAAUCUAUGAAGGUAAUGUUGUGUUCACGGAAGUGUACUUGGAAGAUUUUUUUUUAGAUUCAGUUUUUGGUGUUGUUCAGUCCAAGACUUUUGGCAGCUUAAGCAACAACGACGGCGACGGCUACGAAAACGUCACUCAAAAAGUGAAGUCGCGCUGCUUCAAACUUUAUCCCGCUUAUUCCAUGUCGCCUAACUUGUCAUAUGUGGGCAAUUUUUUUUGUAGUUGAUUUCUGAAAGACUGUAACAAAGUUCGGGAAAAGAAAAAGAAAGUUGUUGUCUUGUGUUCCCGUCCUCGAUAAAACGUGAAAAUAGGCACUUUCACGUUGUAGUAGUACAACGACGGUUAAGAAACGUACAAAAAAGCGUGAUGCACGUGCCAAGUUGUUUUGCUAAUCUAACCUAUUGCCUUUUUGCCGUUCCCGUGGCUGUCGCUGUCGUCGUUUCUUAAGCUCCCUUUUUUCACUCCCAGAACCAAUCAUGCAGACAUGUUCCGUUGUUCUGCUUCUCAAGGGUAGCAAUGAAAGCUCUCUUUUCGCAUGGGCCCUUCAAAAGAAUGAAACAUACCGUGCAUGAUGUUAGGCUGAUAGAAACUGGUUAAAGCGCUUUGUCUUGUGUAAGUUAACACUUACACGUACGAAGUAACGUCUUGGUAACUUGAAGAUAUGCUUUGCGUCUCUCUCACAAAAAAGUUUCGUAUUAUCCACUCCCCUCGCAGCUUUCCAGCGAUAAUUUACAACGUUGGUUGGGGGUAGGGGGGGGGGGGGGUUGGGGGUGGUUGCCAGGCGCGUAUUACAAAUACUGAAGUAUGAGAAAUGACGCUCCCUAUGUGAGUUUGAGUUUCAGAUAAACCACCACACCGGGGACUACGUUCCCUACUCUUUACGAACAGUGUGUAAGUUCUUUAACGUUCCACGAAAUUUAUGUGUGCAAGGUUUGUGAGACGGGGCCUACGGUUUAUCGGCCUUAGACGAUAAAGUUAAAUUAGACAGUACAGUGCUGUGCCUCUACCCCGUGAUCAGAAACGUUUUUCACAUAUAUUGCAAGGUAGCAGGGGUCACAAUCUUAUCCCUUCAGUUAUUCCCUCCAACAUGUAUUUGCGAUGUGUUUCCUCACAGAUCAUAAUACAACCAGUUGCUGGUGGCAUGCACGGCGAUCACCUCCCAGUAGCUCACACUUGCUUCAAUCUACUGGAUUUACCGAGAUAUCCCUCUACAGAAAUGAUGAGAACCAAGCUGAGCCAAGCUGUGGAGUACUCAACAGGCUUUGGGCUUGCUUAAUUUUGUUAUCUCGCAAUAUCAAUCCUGUAGCUCAUGAGUCAAGCCCAUGGAAAGAAGAUGAAAAGAAAGAAAUGAAAUGUGACAUGACAUUAAAGAAGCUGUUGAAAUGUCUUGUGGGAUGAUAUCCUUAUUCCGCAUCAUGUUGCUGACUUUUUUUUCAUAGCAAAACCAGAUGCUGUCCCAUGGUUAGGCGCAUCACAUUUGUCAUUGAAGGUUUUUCUUCUAUGCGUGCAGCGUGUGUUUGCUCAACCAUAGUGUCUUGAAUAGAAUGGCAUGAUGAACUGGAAGGGAUGUGGAGAAUGUUAUGUCACAUGUCACUCAAGAGAGAAAAGAAAAAGCUGUAGCUCCUCUACUCUGACGAGAAAAAAAUAUCACAGAAUUUGAGGCUUAGUAAAGAAACCUUUUUUCUCUCCCUAUUUAGCUUCAAAGUAACAAGAAAAACAACACUAACAAAUACCAUCUUAAACCGUACUCCUAGGAAGAAUGGUGGCGUGGAUGGAGAACUAGAAAUAGAUUGGUUUGACUUUUUUACUAAUAAAGGGGCCAACACCACUGACCUCCUUUCUGACGUUAUAAGACGUUGGCCUCCUUGAAUGCUAGAGAAGAGCCGCUGUGUUAUUGAACUGUAAAUAUUACGAUGCAAAACCUGAUUUUCCACCCAAGAAUCAAGAUUUCUCCAUCAGGGUGAGCCUUUCUUGCACCCUGGUGGAAUGACAAGGACGACAUGGAGGCACUCAGAGCAUGUGUCUGGAAGUGUCUCUGCUUUCAGCCGAAAAUAAUAUAACGUUUUUUUUUCUGGGAAGGCCAAAAAGGAUACCUUUGUAAUUAUUGAGUGACGCCUUAUCUCUGCUCUGAUCAGAAAGUAUGAAAAUGUAUAAAAGAAAUGGCAAGUUUUCAGAAUAUAUCCCUACAAACCAUGGUUUAUAGAGGAGCCUGGUUUUGAAAGCCGGCAAACGUCAAAGUUGAAAACAACGGUGCUGUAGUUUAUGUUGGAAGCUCCCUGACCGUGCGUGAUCUUAAUGUUUUUUGUUCACAAAUUCUAACUGAAUAAAUUCAUGCGAUGUUUCUAUUGGUCAGUAAGUUCAAAAUGAUAGGAAUGCUGUUGAAUGUUGCGCACAGUCAGGUCCAAAACGCUAACUACAAAAACAUAUAACAAAGGAGUCUAACAGGUUUCAUAAAUAUUCCACUUUAGUAACUAUGUACAAUGGGCGAAUAUUUGUUGAAAGUUUUACCUCUAUUGUUUUUCACGCUGCCAAAACGAAGCAACCAUAAUCUCUACGGGGGCAACAAAGAAACUCUGCCAGUUUGCUUGUUAAACCUUUUUCUGCACAGUUUGUAAAUUAUUUGGCAAACAAUUUUAGGGACGUUUUACAUGUAAACGUUGAUUGCAAUUAUAACUAGUUAACAAUCUUUACUUUGUUGAUCGAAAAACGAUUGAUACAGAUACCAUGAGUCAAAUUGUUCUAAACGUUAGGGAAGUACGUCGUACAAAAGAUACGUUAAAACAGCUGAAGGCCUUUUUGACUUCCGUCUCUUUGAGAGGCGCGAACAUAGUUUUAUCAAAGUUGUAAUCAUCCUUCUCAGGUUAAUUAAGGCAUGGGCCUCAAUUUGCCUUAAUUUGCUCUCUUCAAAAGUGGUGGUCUAUAUCUAAGAGCUUUAGAUGAAGAGACAUAAAACUUUGCCAGCUAACCACAUUUUUAGAUUGUGUCAAUUUGUGCUUUAAAAUUAUGCAAAUUAGAUCACGUCACCUCCAUCGGCUGAAAAAGCUUGUUCUUCAAACGGCAACACUUUUUCGUGUGUCUUCAAUUAUUUUACCGGUUGCAUAAUGUUAAUGCCGUUUAAUGUAUCACUUCUGUGCUUGGCCUUUUUUAGAUAUUUAAAAUCGAAGGCGUUAAGAUGGGAUACAAUUGCUUUGGGGGACUGGGUCUAGUUGAAAAAGCCGUUUAUUUUCUAAAACAGUAAAAAAUUCAAAAAAGGCCAAGCACAGUCUUGUAGAUGCUUGCAUUACACAUUGUCCUAAACCAGUCCGGUUUAAUAACUCAACAAAAAGUGUUGACAUUUUUUUUUAAAGACUUUUUAUUGUUUUCUGGCCGUGUGGAGUCACGUGACAACAUUUGCAUAAUUGAACAUCACCUAAUUGACAGAAACCACACAUGUAUGUAUCUGGCAAAGUUUCAUCUUUCUACUGUUUACGUGCUCAGAGAUAGACCACCCCCCAUUACUUUUUUACUGCAUUAUUAGGGACCCAUGCCUUAAUUUACUUGACUUCAAGCAAACGUAACGUACACGAAAUAGGGAGUCAAAAAAUAGAAAUAUAGAGAGUUUGUGCGGUUUCUUGUGCAUGCAUUGCUGCCUUAAUUGCAGUUCAGCGACAAGUAUCAACUCUCUUUUGUCCUAAGCUGUAAGAUCUUAAUGCCAUUUCACAGUGGUAUAUUUUUGUUACUUCGAGUAAAGUAAAUUUGCAUUUCGUACUGAAGCGUUUGUCUUAGUAAUGGCUCUCAGAUUAUUAAUACGACACAGGCUCACAACAAUCCUGGUCAUUGCGGAG